CCUUUCAUUUCGAUGUGCAUGUGCUCUGCUCUUUUUGAAUGAUUUAUCUACAAGACAUUUUUGUCUCUUCUAUUCAGUAUCUCAGACCUCUAGCGCGAGCACGCAUCUGUAUUUCAGCAAUGUUUCGUAUGUGGCAGUAGCUGGCAACCCAAUAUCUAGUACUUGAAGAAUAGAUAGCAAGAAUGUACGCGACGGAGACUCCAAGAAGCCAAACUGGCUCGAACAGCAACCCUAUGGAAAAGGAUUAUGCCAAGACCAGGAAUUAUCGUGAUGGCGAAGGAUCACAUAAUGGUACAGACUUGUACGUUGGUAAUAUUCCAUGCAGCUUGACAUCGGCUGGGCUUACAAACUUGUUUGCUGAACACUCUCAAGUUGUACGAGCAUUCAUAGUGAAGCCAAGAGAUGAGAAUCCCCACUCAACUUUCGGAUUUGUGACCGUUCCGUCCAUUGGUGAUGCAGAGACAUGCAUCAAGAACGUUCACAAUCUGGAAAUUGCCGGCCACCGUUUACGUGUCAACCUGAGUCAACGCAAGAAGGCCAACCAGACUCCUGACUCUGGCUUUGGACUUGACAGCCGUCCCGCUGUGGAAACAGUGUCGCCUGCACCCUUUGGCUUGAAAUUCAGUGAAUCGUCUAGCUCGCCUGAGCAACAGCAGCAAGAGAAGCAACGGACAAGUGCCAGUCACAACGGGGGCACUGAUGUUCGAAACGGCCCUACAACACCUGCCAACUUAGUAAAAGCACGCAGUGCAGUGGCCGGCAAUGUUAGCACCGCUUCCGACAACAGGCACAGCUCAUCUGUGUCAGGGGAUGGUGCCAGCACGGAGAGGCCGCAGCAAGAGUGUACGCGUUGUGGCUGCUUUGGCAAGCACCGGUGCUCGAGAUGCAAAGCGCCGUACUGCAGCCGCAUGUGCCAGUCCACAGACUGGCCCGAGCACAAGAAGGUCUGCGAGGUGAUACCUGCGCUGCAACCAAUGUCUGCUGCUUCUACAAGCACUUGUCCCGGCAAAACAGCACUAGCUGCUGAGAAUACAGCAUCGCCUGUUGCGAACACAGCAUCACCUGUUGUGAAUACAGCAUCGCCUGCUGCGAAUACAGCAUCACCUGUUGCUGUGUCACCUUCGGCCAGAAACUCAGGAACUGUUGCUAAAGCGAGAGAUUUUGACUUUGACCUUGAUAACUCAGAUACUGAAGAAAGCAAGUGGUCAUUCAGUGGAUUUGAAGAUGUACUCGGCCAGUUUGAUAACAUUUUCGGGUCAGUGGACAAAAUGCAUGGCAGAGCUUUCAUGGGACCAGAAGCUUCCAAUGCUGCUACUGCAGACGGGUCGUCAUCUUCUGAGAGCAGUUCCACCUCAAGCAACCAAGCAGUAGAAGACCAGUCAAGACUGACCUGUAGCGAAGCGAUAGUGCCAUCGGCAGCUGCUGCCUGUGCAAACCGGCCACAGUCAAGCUCAUCCAGUGAUCGACCUGCAUCCCCAUCCGGAUCCAAACGCCAGAAAAGCUCAUCCAGUGAUCGACCUGCAUCCUCAUCCGGAUCCAUACGCCAGAAAUCUAGUGCAACGUCAUCUAGCAGCAGCCUCGACAGCCAAUGCAGUACAGGAAGUGGCUACAGAAGCUCAGGGGAUAGUGCAGCACAUCCCGCCGUACAUGUACUUGGCCUGGGAGCGUACAGUUCGAACCAGUUUUGGGCUCGCCUGUCGGAUGACCUGGCUGAGAAGGCGCUGCAUCGUCUCAACUCCAUGCUCGCAGCGUAUGGUGCUGGCCUGUCCUCGCCCAUUUCCACCGAUCAGCAAACAGUGAAUCUGCAGUGCGUUGUGAAAGUUUCGGACGGCACGUUCAAGCGUGCUAAGCUGGUCACGCUCCCGGUCGGGCGUAACCGUGUCAGCGCUCACUUAGUGGACGAUGGCCACGUAGUGAUGGUCGACUGUAGCUCAGUGUUUCCUAUUCCUGAUGAGCUGCACCCACGCAAGCUGCAUGCCCUUGCCUUCCAACUGGGCCUGUAUGGAGUACGGCCAGUUGGCUAUGGCCAGAGUGAGGGUGGUGUCACAGUGCUGAACGACUUCAUCAAAGAUCAUCAGCUGUCAGCUACUAUCCUGAGUCGCAGUCCCGAUCACCGCAUUGCCUACGCCCUAGUAACAGACGAAGCCGGGCGCAACGUGAACGACGCCAUCAUUGGAACCCCGUAUGCCGAUGCGUUCCAUGCACCAUCUCGACCUCAUUCGGGACUGGGUCGUGGUGCGCGCCAAGUACCAUCGCACUUUGUGCCGACAGCGCCCGGAAUGCAGGACAACCACCACAGCAACGGCCUUCAGAACUCCUCACCGCAGCACCAGCAGCAAGCCGCUGCAGCAUUGCCAGUGCUGACGAACGUGCCUAUACCUGGCUUCUCGGCUGCACGGCUCCAGGGCUCGCUGGCCGAAACACCGUGCCUCAUGCCCCUGCCACGGGGCUACCAGUGCAUACAGUUAGCGGACGGCUGCAGUAAAGUACGCCUGUCCUGCAUUCACGACGAAGCAGCUCAGUUCUUUGUGCAGGUGUGCAUGCGAGAUCAAGCUGACCGACUGGCGCAUCUCAACCAGUCCAUCAACACCCUGCAUCGCAAGACCAGAAACUCGUGCUUUGUUCCCAUGUUGGACGAAGUGUGCCUGGCUCGCUACACUCAAGAUGGUCUCUUUUACCGUGUACGCAUUCUGCAGGAGGAGUCGCCCAGCACGUACUUGGUGUCGUUCGUCGAUUAUGGCAACCAAACUACCAUUCGCUUGGCCGACUUGCGGCACAUGCGUCAGGAUUUUGGCGUUCUGCCGUUUCAAGCUGUACGCUGUGCUUUGGCCGGUGUGGGUCCCGCCGACGGCAGUGGCAUGUGGUCAUCAGCCGCACGAGAGCUCCUUCGUCGACCGGAGUGCCUGGUUGCCCGUGUUGUUUUCAAGGCUACUAAGUCCAACGAGCCCAACCUGAUUGAGCUGUUUGAUCAGACGCCGCCAUUCAACAUCUUGCUGAACAAGGAGUUGGUCGUGAACGGGGUAGCCAUGCUGCGGACUGCCCCUUUCCCGCUACCCAACGAGAGCAGUGAGUCAACAUCUUCUGCUGACUUCUCCAGAGACGCAAACCAUGCUGCCAACGGCAGCAACCCAGAGAACAUGCACUGCAUUGAACUGGAAGUGGGCAAGGACUAUCCGGUCCGCGUUGUCUUCAUCCGCCACGUUAGCAUGUUCUACAUCACGAUCAUGGAUGACCAUGCUGUGCAGCAGUUUGACGAGAUGGGAGCUUUAAUCCAGCAGCACUGCGCUUCUCCUCCAGAUGCAUCGUUUGAGCCACAGAUUGGUGACCUGUGCUGUGCUGUAUUCUCUGAAGAUGGGCUGUACUACCGGGCUAAAGUGCAACGUAAGGUUACUGGCGACAAGCUCAUGAUUUUGUUUGUUGACUUUGGCUCGGUGACGGUCGUGCGCAAGGCGGAAGUACGGAGAAUGAAAGAUGAAUUCUUGACACUGCCGUUCCAAGCGAUUCCUGCCGCGCUGCAGAACAUUCGCAAGCGCUCCUCGGGCGUUUGGUCUGACGAAGCCAUCAACUUCUUUGCCAAGCUGACCGAUUGCAAGCAGUUGACAUGCCAGUGUGCCGCUCGCCAAGAGCUUCAGAACGGUGCUACAUCCGCCCUGGUGCUGCUCUACGAUGAUACUGAUCCUGCAAGUCGUGUGGACAUCAGUGCCGAGCUAGUCAAGGCUGGCUUUGCGCUGGCCGUACAGGGUGAGUCUGCUGACAGGUCGCUUACUGCUUCAACUUCAGGUGAGCUGUAACUACCGCCGGUACAUGUAUCUGCUGACUGCAUCCCAGGUCAGUUUCAACUGGCAACACGUGCCUACACAUCUGUGACAUGGUGUAUCUGAUUCCUUUGCUCAAAGCGGUGUGUGCUUGUAUUGAGAGUGGAAAGUCUGUAGUUAAGAUCCUGGGCAUUUUAGAACGUUGAAGUGAUGCCCGUAUUUGUUCCCAAGUUCUCCCGUUCUUGGGAUAUGUCUGGUCCGUAUUCCGAUUCGUAGGACAGUAUGUGAAACUUAAAGCGUGCCGGGUCUUGCUUGAUAUUCUCUUGUGGUUGAGUGCGCAAGUCAGCCCAUAUGCUAUCUGCCGGGUCUUGUUUGAUAUUCUCUUGUGGUUGAGUGCGCAAGUCGGCCCAUAUGCUAUCUGAGGUGACAUUCGACUAUUUCUCUGUGUCCAGUUGCGUUUAUUGCUCUAUCCAACCUAUUCAACAGAAGUGUAUCUUAUUGAGUCAGAGCCCCCCCCCCCCCUUCAGGCCACGUUCUACUUAUCUAUCCAGCUUAUGCUGCACAGUUUUACAGUGAUAUAAUAAUGGUGUUUAAGCAGCGUUUCCAUCGAUCUGUGGUAUCUACUUUGGCCUUAUACUGCGAUGUGGAAAUCAAGCUAUAGUAUUGCCGCAGACCUCGUCUUGUUUAUUUAUUAGUUUUGUUGAACAGCGUGUUUCUGUGAACACUAUGGCCAAUAACUUAUUGUUCUGCUAGGCUGCAAACAGUUAGGCAGUGUGUCUAAAUAGUGCCCAGCAUUGCGUUCCCAUACUGGUCUAGCCCUGUUUAUAGUUCUGAUCUAGAUCCAUUGCUCACCCGAUCUUCCCAUCCUAACGGU